CUCCUCGUCGAUGACGAGAACACCCCUCACACACUCUCUCUCUACCCCCCCUCUCUCUCUAUACAUACACCUGCUGCGUUUGUAUAUAUCCGCAGCCGUCGUUACUACGUCGGUUGUCUGGAUUCCGUUGUUUCUAUAAUAUUAUCUCUUUUAAUCCCACAACAACUUCAAAUCAAAAUCAAAAUCAAAUUCAAACAGAUCUUUGCUACCUGUUGGAUCCAAAUAAUUUCUUCUUUGAUCUCAACCCAGAUCUGAUAAAUCAGAUAAAGUUUUUGUUAAAAAUCCUUCAUAAUGUCGGCGGCUUUAAAUCACGCUCUUCAGACCCGACCCGACCCCAAUUUGACAAAAACUUUCUCCACCCGCCCGCAAAACGGGUCAACCCGGAUUGGUGUUACCCGAAGCCUGAAACAAUCCAGCCUGUUAGGUAAAAAACUGUACGGAACCAGGUUCGGGUCCGGGUCGGUAUCCGGGUCGGGUUCUGAGACGGUCCGUAAAGUGAAACUAAAUGGGUCGGGUCGGAGAAUAGAGGUUCGGGCGGGUUUGUCGUUGGUACCCGAGAAGCCGUUGGGGUUGUAUGAUCCGGCUUUUGAUAAGGAUUCAUGUGGGGUUGGGUUUGUUGCUGAAUUAUCUGGUGUAGGUAACCGGAAAACGGUGACUGAUGCUAUUGAGAUGUUGGUUCGGAUGUCGCAUAGAGGUGCUUGUGGAUGUGAGACCAAUACUGGUGAUGGUGCUGGUAUUCUUGUUGGACUUCCACAUGAGUUUUACAAGGAGGUAGCAAAGGAUGAGGGGUUUGAGCUACCGCCUCCCGGUGAAUACGCAGUCGGCAUGUUCUUCUUGCCUACUUCUGAUACUAGAAGGGAGCAAAGCAAGAUUGUGUUUACAAAGGUUGCUGAGUCACUCGGGCACACGGUUCUCGGCUGGCGUACUGUCCCAACAGAUAAUUCAAGUUUGGGUAAAUCUGCUCUGCAAACCGAGCCUGUUAUCGAACAAGUGUUUCUCACACCCACUCCUAGGUCAAAAGUCGAUUUUGAGCGGCAGAUGUACAUACUAAGAAGGGUUUCAAUGGUAGCCAUCCGGGCUGCAUUGAACCUUCAACACGGUGGGGUCCGGGACUUCUAUAUAUGUUCUUUAUCAUCUAGAACUGUUGUAUACAAAGGUCAGUUAAAACCAAACCAGUUGAAGGAGUAUUACCAUGCAGAUCUUGGGAACGAAAGGUUUACGAGCUACAUGGCACUGAUUCAUUCUCGAUUUUCAACCAACACGUUUCCUAGCUGGGAUCGUGCUCAACCGAUGCGUGUUCUUGGACAUAACGGUGAAAUUAACACGCUUAGAGGGAAUGUUAACUGGAUGAAGGCACGUGAGGGUCUUCUAAAAUGCAAAGAGCUUGGCCUCUCAAAGAAUGAGAUGAAGAAACUUCUUCCCAUCGUAGACGCCAGCUCAUCAGAUUCAGGUGCUUUUGAUGGUGUUUUGGAGCUUUUAGUGCGAGCGGGAAGAAGUCUUCCCGAGGCUGUUAUGAUGAUGAUCCCCGAAGCAUGGCAAAACGACAAGAACAUGGAUCCUCAACGGAAGGCUUUAUACGAAUAUUGCUCGGCUUUAAUGGAGCCAUGGGACGGGCCCGCUCUAAUUUCAUUUACCGACGGUCGGUACCUUGGAGCAACACUGGACCGAAAUGGGCUGCGGCCGGGUCGGUUCUAUGUUACUCAUAGUGGGCGAGUUGUAAUGGCUAGUGAAGUUGGAGUUGUUGAUAUUCCACCAGAAGAUGUUUCUAGAAAAGGAAGACUUAACCCUGGAAUGAUGCUUCUUGUCGACUUUGAGAAACAUACCGUUGUAGACGAUGAAGCUUUGAAACAACAAUAUUCACUUGCGAGACCGUAUGGCAAGUGGCUUGAAACACAAAAGAUAGAACUGAAAAAGAUUGUCGGGUCCGUCAAUAAAUCUUUACGUGCCUGCCCUCCCAUCGCUGGAGUGUCAAAGGACGAUGAGGACAUGGGCAUCCAGGGUCUGUUGGCUCCAUUGAAGGCUUUUGGUUAUACAAUUGAAUCUUUGGAGAUGCUUCUACUACCAAUGGCUAAAGACGGUGUUGAAGCGCUUGGUUCAAUGGGAAAUGAUGCUCCGUUGGCCGUGAUGUCCAACAGAGAGAAGCUAACAUUCGAGUAUUUCAAACAAAUGUUUGCGCAAGUAACCAACCCACCAAUUGAUCCCAUACGGGAGAAAAUCGUAACCUCUAUGGAAUGCAUGGUGGGACCAGAAGGCGAUCUUACAGAAACGACAGAAGAGCAAUGCCAUCGCCUUUCACUAAAAGGUCCGCUUUUGUCUAUCGAGGAAAUGGAGUCUAUUAAAAAUAUGAACUAUAGAGGUUGGAGAAGCAAAGUUAUUGAUAUAACGUACCCUAAAGAACUUGGCAAAAAGGGUUUGGAGGAAACGCUUGAUAGAAUCUGUUCUGAGGCGCACGAUGCGAUUAAGGAGGGCUAUACUACAUUGGUGCUUUCCGACAGAGCCUUUUCAUCAAAGCGAGUGGCAGUAAGCUCUCUUAUGGCAGUUGGUGCGGUCCACCAUCAUUUGGUCAAAAAACUUGAGCGAACCAGGGUUGCGCUAAUGGUGGAAUCUGCGGAGCCGCGUGAAGUGCACCAUUUCUGUACACUUGUCGGGUUCGGUGUUGAUGCCAUUUGCCCGUAUUUGGCAGUCGAAGCAAUUUGGAGGUUGCAGGCCGAUGGUAAAAUCCCACCAAAAUCAAACGGCGAGUUCCACACAAAAGAGGAAUUAGUUAAAAAGUACUACAAAGCAAGUCACUACGGAAUGCAAAAGGUUCUUGCGAAAAUGGGAAUUUCAACGUUAGCAUCGUAUAAAGGUGCGCAAAUCUUUGAAGCAGUCGGGUUAUCAUCCGAAGUAAUGGAACGAUGCUUCGCUGGCACUCCAAGUCGAGUCGAAGGAGCUACAUUUGAAGCACUUGCCGGUGACGCACUUAAUUUGCAUGAUCUAGGGUUUCCAUCACGUAAAUUUCCGCCAAACAGUGCGGAAGCAGUUGCUUUACCGAACCCUGGUGAUUACCAUUGGAGGAAAGGUGGAGAAAUUCAUUUGAAUGACCCGUUAGCGAUUGCUAAACUGCAAGAAGCUGCUAGGGGUAACAGCGUUGCUGCGUAUAAAGAGUAUUCGAAACGCAUUCAUGAACUGAAUAAAACUUGUAAUCUUCGUGGGCUUCUGAAAUUUAAAGAGGGAAUGGCUAAGGUGCCGCUGGAAGAGGUUGAACCUGCUAGUGAAAUAGUGAAACGGUUCUGUACCGGUGCCAUGAGUUACGGGUCCAUAUCCUUGGAGGCCCACACGACACUUGCCAUUGCUAUGAAUAAAAUUGGAGGCAAAUCUAACACAGGUGAGGGAGGUGAAAAUCCAUCUCGUUUGGUACCGCUCCCAGACGGUUCGAUGAAUCCCAAAAGGAGUGCGAUCAAGCAGGUUGCUAGCGGACGAUUUGGGGUUUCAAGUUAUUACCUUACAAAUGCUGAUGAAUUGCAGAUAAAGAUGGCUCAGGGAGCAAAGCCCGGUGAAGGUGGUGAACUUCCGGGUCACAAAGUUAUCGGAGAUAUCGCCGUCACAAGAAAUUCAACAGCGGGAGUUGGAUUAAUUAGCCCCCCGCCACAUCACGAUAUCUAUUCAAUCGAAGAUCUUGCUCAAUUAAUUCAUGAUCUAAAGAAUGCGAAUCCUUCGGCUCGAGUUAGUGUGAAGUUGGUUUCUGAAGCUGGCGUGGGAGUGAUUGCUAGCGGUGUGGUCAAGGGCCAUGCAGACCAUGUCUUGAUCUCGGGUCAUGACGGUGGAACCGGUGCGUCCAGGUGGACCGGGAUCAAGAGUGCUGGGCUCCCAUGGGAGCUCGGUCUAGCCGAGACACACCAAACCCUAGUUGCAAACGACCUUCGUGGUAGAACCGUGUUACAGACAGACGGUCAGCUAAAAACCGGGAGAGAUGUAGCCAUUGCUGCCCUUCUCGGGGCUGAGGAGUUUGGUUUCAGUACAGCCCCACUUAUUACACUCGGCUGCAUCAUGAUGAGAAAAUGUCACAAAAACACUUGUCCUGUCGGGAUAGCCACUCAAGAUCCCGUUCUCCGUGAGAAAUUUGCAGGGGAACCAGAACACGUAAUCAAUUUCUUCUUCAUGUUAGCAGAGGAAAUGAGAGAAAUCAUGUCCGAUUUGGGUUUCCGAACCGUUAACGAAAUGGUGGGACGUGCCGAUAUGCUCGAAGUCGAUAAAGAUUUGACAAAAGACAAUGAGAAAUUAAAAAACAUCGAUCUGUCGUUAUUACUUCGACCAGCCGCUGAUAUCCGCCCAGAUGCAGCCCAAAUUUGCAUACAAAGCCAAGAUCACGGGUUAGAUAUGGCUCUUGAUCAACGGUUAAUAACACUUGCGAAACCCGCUUUAGAAAAGGCUCUGCCUGUAUACAUCGAAUCACCAAUUUGCAAUGUGAACCGUGCGGUCGGGACGAUGCUUAGCCAUGAAGUUACUAAACGAUACCACUUGGCUGGACUUCCAACCGACACAAUCCAUAUCAAACUUAACGGAAGUGCGGGCCAGAGUAUCGGAGCCUUCCUUUGCCCGGGAAUUUUACUCGAGCUUGAAGGUGACAGCAAUGAUUACGUCGGAAAAGGAUUGUCAGGCGGCAAGAUUGUCGUUUAUCCGCCAAAAGGAAGCGGGUUUGACCCAAAAGAAAACAUCGUGAUUGGGAACGUUGCCCUUUAUGGUGCAACAAGUGGUGAAGCUUAUUUCAACGGAAUGGCGGCAGAGCGUUUUUGCGUUAGAAACUCCGGGGCUAAGACUGUGGUGGAAGGUGUAGGUGAUCACGGUUGUGAAUACAUGACAGGUGGGACUGUUGUCAUAUUGGGUAAAACUGGGAGGAACUUUGCUGCUGGGAUGAGCGGUGGCAUUGCGUAUGUUCUUGAUGUUGAUGCCACGUUCUGGUCGAGAUGUAAUGCCGAGCUUGUUGACCUUGAUAAGGUUGAAGAAGAGGAUGACAUCAUGACACUAAGAAUGAUGAUUCAGCAACACCAACGGCAUACAAACAGCCAGCUGGCGAAGGAAGUACUUGCCGACUUCGACAAUCUUUUGCCUAAAUUCGUUAAAGUUUUCCCAAGAGAUUAUAAGCGGAUUCUCGCUACCAUGAAAGAAAAAGAAGCUGCCAAAAACGCUGCUGCUGAGUUGGCUCUUGAAGAAGCCGAUAUUCGAGAAGAAGACGUGUUGAAGGAGAAAGAUGCGUUUGAAGAACUUAAAAAGAUGGCAGCCAAGUCGUUGAGUGAGGCGGUCGAUAAUAAGGUUAAAGAGAUCGUCAAAGCGGUCAAAGAGGCUGAAGUGGCUGAACCGGCCGCCAGACCAUCCCGGGUUGAAGAUGCAGUCAAACACCGCGGUUUUGUUGCUUACGAGCGUGAGGGGGUAUCGUACCGGGACCCGGCUGUUCGGAUGGAAGACUGGAAUGAAGUUAUGGAAGAGACGAAACCCGGCCCACUUUUGAAAACUCAAUCUGCACGGUGUAUGGAUUGCGGUACACCUUUUUGUCAUCAGGAUAAUUCGGGCUGUCCUCUCGGCAACAAAAUUCCUGAAUUCAACGAGCUGGUUUAUCAGAACAGAUGGCGUGAAGCAUUGGACCGACUUCUUGAGACAAAUAACUUCCCGGAGUUCACGGGCCGGGUCUGCCCCGCUCCAUGUGAAGGCUCAUGUGUGCUCGGUAUAAUCGAAAAUCCCGUCUCAAUUAAAAACAUUGAGUGCUCGAUCAUAGACAAGGCCUUUGAGGAAGGAUGGAUGGUGCCUCGACCUCCCCUCAAGAGAACAGGGAAAAAAGUAGCUAUUGUUGGAAGUGGCCCUGCUGGGUUAGCCGCAGCUGAUCAACUAAAUAGGAUAGGCCAUACAGUGACCGUGUUCGAGCGCGCUGACCGAAUCGGUGGACUCAUGAUGUACGGGGUUCCUAACAUGAAGGCCGACAAAAUCGACGUGGUUCAAAGACGGGUUGACCUGAUGGCUGAGGAAGGUGUGAAUUUCGUGGUUAAUGCCAAUGUAGGAACCGAUCCGUCAUAUUCCAUUGAACGGCUUCGUGAAGACAAUGAUGCUGUUAUUUUGGCCGUUGGAUCCACAAAGCCAAGGGACCUUCCUGUUCCGGGACGAGAGCUAUCGGGAGUACAUUUUGCUAUGGAGUUUUUGCAUGCAAAUACUAAAAGCUUAUUGGAUAGCAAUCUCGAGGAUGGUAAAUACAUAUCCGCUAAAGGUAAAAAGGUAAUUGUAAUCGGUGGUGGUGACACCGGUACAGAUUGUAUCGGGACGUCUAUUCGACAUGGUUGCACCAGCAUUGUAAAUCUGGAGCUUCUUCCCCAGCCACCACAAACCCGAGCACCCGGAAACCCCUGGCCACAGUGGCCUCGUGUAUUCCGUGUAGAUUAUGGACACCAAGAAGCUGCUACGAAAUUCGGGAAAGACCCACGGACUUAUGAAGUGUUGACCAAGAGGUUCAUUAGUGACGAGAAUGGGUCCGUAAAAGGUCUUGAGUUGGUGCGGGUGCAAUGGGGAAAAGAUGAGACUGGUCGGUUCCAGUUCAAGGAGGUAGAGGGUUCUGAAGAGAUCAUCGAGGCUGACCUGGUUUUGCUAGCCAUGGGCUUCCUCGGUCCUGAGUCGACGAUAGCGGACAAACUGGGAUUGGAGAAAGACGGGAGGUCGAAUGUGAAGGCGGAGUAUGGGCGGUUCUCGACGAACGUGGAAGGUGUGUUUGCGGCGGGUGAUUGCCGAAGAGGGCAGUCGUUGGUGGUGUGGGCCAUAUCAGAAGGGCGGCAGGCGGCAGCACAGGUGGAUAAGUUUUUGUUGAAGGAUGAAAAGGAUGUUGAAAGCAGCUUAGAAGAAGAGAAGGGGACGAUGGAGCAGCAAGCGGUUCGGACAUUAUAGAUACAUACAAGAUUGAUUGAUAUUAGAAAAAGAAAGGUAAUAGAGAGGUGGUUUUGUGUGGAAGUUAGUUUUGUGUCCUUCAGGCUCUGCUGUUUAUAGCCUUAUUUUCUUCUUUUUUAUCAUUGGUUGUUGCUUGUUUGAACUUUGAAACAAUAAAUGUACAGAUGAAUCUGUUUUGGUUUUGGGUUAUUUCUCAAUCUAGAUGGUUAACUUA